AUGAGUCUUCUCAAUGCACAAGUAGUUACUUCGACUUCUGGUGAUGAUCACCAUCCUUCUUUUAGUUCAACCGUUAAACCUUAUUGCUUCACAAGGGCAUUUUUGCAUCUUCCAUUGGAUUUUGUGAAGUCAAAUGGAUUGAUGAAUAGAAAGUGUGAGAUGGUUCUGAAAGAUGAAGCACAAAGAUGUUGGUCAGUGUGGAUUGGGAGCGCUGGACGUCAUUUUGGAAUUAUACGUGGAUGGACAAAAUUCAGAGCAGAAAAUGGACUCCGAGUAGGAGAUGCUUACAAGUUUGAACUCAUCAAGAAUGGGGAAAUGCCUAUAGCACAAUUCCAUUGCAAAUAUUCUGGAAAGGUUGCAAAGAGCGAGGAACAGUAAUGAAGCAAGUUCACUAUUAAAAAUACAAAUUGGUUGAUCCAAUGUUUGGUAUAUAAACUUCAAAACCUAUGUACAAUGUUUCUGCAAAAUCUUCAUGUAAGGUAAGUAAAUGAGUGAGACUUGGAAGUAAUGACUGACUAGCCAGCUUUUGUCCAGGCCUCGAUGACUCAGUAUGGCUUGGUCGUGGUUGUAUAAACUAUGUGGAUUAGUUGAACGUUGUCUCGUUUCCUAGCAGGAUAGGCUUGGUAGUAGGUUGGUGCAUUGUACAU